CUAGCAGCUUCCCGUCAGACCUGGUAGCAGAAACAGAAGAACAUAUACCGCGGUCUGCUCAGCCACGCUACAUAAAGUAGUGUUCCAGAUAUGAAAAUCAACAGAGUUUAACAGCAUGGAAGACAAGAGACGGAGAGCUCGGGUACAGGGAGCAUGGGCUGGAACCACCAGGGCAGUCCCUCGGCCAGCUGAGGAUCCUGUACUAAAACCCCAACUGAAGACGAAUAGGCCUGAGAACCCUGGGAGGAACUUUGUGUAUAAAGAACCCACGGAGGCUUAUCGCAGGGCUCCAGAACCACGAGUCAUUGAUGUGUCCGGCGUCCAUGAGAUCAGCAUAUCCUCUGCCGGGGUUUCCAGGCUUAGACUGUUCCCUUUGUUUAUUGAGCCCAAAGAAGCAGGCUGGAUGUUUGAACAAUUACUUCAAGAAGUCCCUUGGAAUCAGAAAACUAAUAUGGGACCAGAUGGACAGUACCAGGAGCCCAGGCUCACAUGUUGGUAUGGUGAACUGCCAUAUACUUACUCCCGCUCUACAAUGCAGCCAAACCCUCACUGGCAUCCUUUGCUGACAAUGCUAAAAGAUCGCAUUGAAGAAGUGACCGGGUACAGCUUCAACUCCUUACUCUGCAACCUCUACAGACAUGACAAGGACAGCAUAGACUGGCACAGUGACGAUGAGCCAGCACUUGGCAGAAAUCCAGUUAUUGCUUCGCUCAGCCUGGGCGACACUCGUACCUUCCAGAUGAGAAAAAAGCCACCCCCUGAGGAGAAUGGGGACUACACGUAUGUGGAGCGUGUUCACAUACCUUUGGCUCAUGGAACAUUGUUACUAAUGGAAGGAGCUACUCAGGAAGAUUGGCAGCAUCGAGUUCCCAAAGAAUACCACGACCGACGACCACGGAUUAACCUUACUUUCAGAACUAUGCUUCCAGAAACCACAGCCGUACACCGUUGAUCAGCAGAAGAAAUACAGAGUCUAUACAUCUAGGCUAUCGGCUGAUGUCUGGAUUCCUUUAAUUAUGAGCAAAUAACCCUGUACAAGGAUCGCCCCUUACCCAGUCACUGACGAGCUUAAUAGCAGUGUUUAUAAUGGGAAAGCAAUCGCUGGGUGCCCUUUACCUAAUUUACAAAACCACCUUUUGUUUUGACUGAGUGCAAGUACUAUUUGGAUUUACCUAAUUUAUGUCUAGAUGUGUUUAAAUGAAUAUAAUAUGAAGCAUCUCUGCUGGUAAAGGUCACAAGGAUUUAGUAACUACUUGUUUGCACUAUAGCUGCACAGUUAUUUGUUUCGAACAUGGGUUUAUGACUGUCUAAAAGAUAAAUUAAUUUAAUGUUUCAUAUUGAUGAAUAGUAAGGGUAAACUCUUACAAUAAUGCUAAUAACUACAUAAAAACCUUGGCUAUUGGUAUCCUUUCCAUUACAGAUUAAAAGGGGAUGUACCCUACCUGCCUACUGCCAAAUAUCUUUCAAUAUAAUCAUCCUGGCCCACAUAGGAUGUAAAACUAAACGGGUUCAUAGCAGAAUUUGCUCCUUCACUGACUGAGACAGACACUUUUUUUAUUUAUUAACUGAAAUUCGAAUUAAUAUGUUUAAUAAAUCUUUAUUUUCAGUUUACUUUUCAUAUUGAUAGCAAGUGUGAAUACAGUCUAAUAAGCAAUGCUAUUUCAAAACAGUGAAGCCAGUCGAUUUCCAAAAUAGUGAUAUAGAAAUAUGGGACCAACAGGUAUGAUAACAAGUGUGAAUAAAUUUAAAUUGUUGAUAUGAUAAUACAGUGAAAUGGUAAAAUGGUCUGAUAAAAAACUAAGGAUAAUCGAUGAGAACAAAUUAAGAGAAACUGCCCAUCACUAGAACAAUUUACUUCUUGCAAAGAGGGCAACAAAA